CGCGCUGCUCCCGCGCCCGGCGCGUCUCACUCCCGACUCUGUCCUCAUGGGGCGCGCUAACCACACACGAUAGUACCCACAAAAAAAUAAUACAUUAAUUAAUGUAUAUUAACAUAAACACUCAGUGAUUGGGACCAAGUGAUAAAGUGAAACGGAUACGAACUGACGGCAACAUAAAAAAUCCACCAUGGAGGACGCUCACGCGAAAACAGUGGAUGAAGUCUUAGGAUAUUUUGGCACAGACCCAGACAAAGGCCUUAGUUCAGACCAAGUCAAAAGGAACCAAGAAAAAUAUGGGCCAAAUGAACUGCCCGUUGAGGAGGGCAAAAGUAUAUGGCAAUUAGUCCUGGAACAAUUCGAUGACCUCUUAGUCAAGAUUUUGCUGUUAGCCGCUAUUAUUUCUUUCGUUUUAGCUUUAUUUGAAGAACAUGAAGACGCCUUCUCAGCAUUCGUAGAACCCUUCGUUAUUUUACUAAUUCUAAUUGCUAACGCCGUAGUAGGAGUAUGGCAGGAAAGAAAUGCCGAAUCCGCCAUCGAAGCUUUAAAAGAAUACGAACCCGAAAUGGGUAAAGUAAUCAGAAGCGACAAAUCUGGCGUACAAAAAAUCCGUGCGAAAGAGAUCGUUCCCGGUGAUGUGGUGGAGGUGUCAGUCGGUGACAAGAUCCCCGCUGACAUCCGUCUGAUCAAGAUCUACUCCACCACCAUCCGUAUCGAUCAGUCCAUCCUGACCGGCGAGUCCGUGUCCGUCAUCAAGCACACCGACGCCAUCCCCGACCCCCGCGCCGUCAACCAGGACAAAAAGAACAUCCUCUUCUCCGGCACCAACGUGGCCGCUGGCAAGGCCCGCGGCAUCGUCAUUGGCACCGGCCUCAACACUGCCAUCGGCAAAAUCCGUACGGAGAUGUCCGAGACCGAGGAAAUCAAGACACCCCUGCAACAAAAACUCGACGAAUUCGGUGAGCAGCUGUCUAAGGUCAUCUCCGUCAUCUGCGUCGCCGUGUGGGCCAUCAACAUCGGACACUUCAACGAUCCCGCCCACGGUGGCUCCUGGAUCAAAGGCGCCGUCUACUAUUUCAAGAUCGCCGUCGCUCUGGCUGUCGCCGCUAUCCCUGAAGGUCUACCCGCCGUCAUCACCACUUGUCUGGCUCUCGGCACCAGGAGGAUGGCCAAGAAGAACGCUAUCGUCAGGUCCCUGCCCUCCGUAGAAACCCUCGGAUGCACCUCUGUCAUCUGCUCCGACAAGACCGGCACGCUCACCACCAACCAAAUGUCCGUCUCCCGCAUGUUCGUGUUCGAGAAGAUCGAGGGCGGCGACAGCAGCUUCCUCGAGUUCGAGAUCACCGGCUCCACCUACGAACCCAUCGGCGACGUGUACCUGAAGGGCCAGAAGGUCAAGUGCUCUGAAUUCGACGCUCUCCAUGAAAUCGGAACCAUCUGCGUUAUGUGCAACGACUCCGCUAUUGACUUCAACGAAUUCAAGCAAUGUUUCGAGAAGGUCGGUGAAGCCACCGAGACCGCUCUGAUCGUGCUCGCCGAAAAGAUGAACCCCUUCAACGUAUCCAAGACCGGCCUCGACCGCCGCUCCACUGCCAUCGUCGUCCGCCAGGAGAUUGAGACCAAGUGGAAGAAGGAAUUCACCCUGGAGUUCUCCCGUGACAGGAAGUCUAUGUCCACCUACUGCACACCCCUCAAGCCUUCCCGCCUUGGAAACGGACCCAAACUGUUCGUCAAGGGCGCGCCUGAAGGCGUGCUCGAGCGUUGUAGCCACGCCCGCGUCGGAACCACUAAGGUGCCUCUGAACUCGACCCUGAAGAACCGCAUCCUGGAACUGACCCGCACCUACGGUACUGGCCGCGACACCCUGCGCUGCCUGGCUCUCGCCACCGCCGACAGCCCGCUCAAGCCCGAAGAAAUGGACCUCGGAGACGCCACCAAGUUCUACACCUACGAAGUCAACCUUACCUUCGUCGGCGUCGUGGGCAUGUUGGACCCUCCCCGCAAGGAAGUCAUGGACGCCAUCGCCCGCUGUCGCGCCGCCGGCAUCCGUGUCAUUGUCAUCACCGGCGACAACAAGGCUACCGCUGAGGCUAUCUGCAGACGUAUCGGCGUGUUCACCGAGGACGAGGACACGACCGGCAAGUCUUAUUCUGGCCGCGAGUUCGACGACCUGCCCAUCUCCGAGCAGCGCGCCGCCUGCGCCAAGGCCCGCCUCUUCUCCCGCGUGGAGCCCGCACACAAGUCCAAGAUCGUUGAGUACCUGCAGAGCAUGAACGAGAUCUCCGCUAUGACUGGUGAUGGUGUAAACGACGCCCCUGCCCUGAAGAAGGCCGAGAUCGGUAUCGCCAUGGGCUCCGGCACUGCUGUGGCCAAGUCCGCCGCUGAGAUGGUGCUCGCUGACGACAACUUCUCUUCCAUCGUCGCUGCUGUUGAGGAAGGUCGCGCCAUCUACAACAACAUGAAGCAGUUCAUCCGUUACCUGAUCUCGUCCAACAUUGGUGAAGUCGUGUCCAUCUUCUUGACCGCCGCUCUGGGUCUUCCCGAAGCCCUGAUCCCCGUACAACUGCUAUGGGUCAACCUGGUCACUGAUGGCCUCCCCGCCACCGCUCUCGGCUUCAACCCCCCUGAUCUCGACAUCAUGGACAAGCCACCCCGCAAGGCCGAUGAGGGUCUUAUCUCUGGAUGGCUCUUCUUCAGGUACAUGGCUAUCGGCGGCUACGUAGGCGCCGCGACGGUGGGAGGCGCCACCUGGUGGUUCAUGUACUCGCCCUACGGCCCGCAGAUGACGUACUGGCAGCUCACCCACCACUUGCAGUGCCUCGGCGGCGGUGAUGAGUUCAAGGGCAUCGACUGCAAGAUCUUCUCUGACCCUCACCCUAUGACGAUGGCUCUGUCUGUGCUUGUGACCAUCGAGAUGUUGAACGCCAUGAACAGCUUGUCGGAGAACCAGUCCCUGGUGUCCAUGCCGCCGUGGUCCAACAUGUGGCUCGUCGGCUCCAUGGCGCUCUCCUUCACCCUCCACUUCGUCAUCCUCUACGUCGAGGUCCUCUCGGCCGUGUUCCAAGUGACGCCGCUGUCCAUGGACGAGUGGGUGACGGUGAUGAAGUUCUCCAUCCCCGUCGUCCUCCUCGACGAGGUCCUCAAGUUCGUCGCGCGCAAGAUCUCCGACGGUAAUACAAAAACCCUCGCCGACUGGCUCGACGGCAUGCAAUGGAUUGUGCUCAUGUGGGCCGUGUUCUUUGGCAUCAUCAUCUACGGCCCCCUAUAAGCGCCGCGCCCGCCGCACCCGUUUGUUCACAACCUAAUACCCUCCAUCACCUACGCCGCCCGCCCGCUCCGCGCCGCCACUAUGCUAAAGAGAACCUCUUCUCAAACUAGUAGAACAUUUUGUUCGUAGAUAUUCUAUACAUUUUUUAUGAACAGCAGUUCUAUCCUUGAAUAAUGCAAUACUUGUAGUUUACUUAGUAUAAUAACGGCAUACUGGUGGCGUUUGUAAUCGAUGAAGGAGCGGUGCGUGGCGGUGGCGGGGCCACUGUGGAAACGCCACGGACAUUGAGCUACGCUCACCACAGUGAACUAACCGUUUGGAAUGCUAAUCCUACGCACAGUGUGAAGUGAGGCCGCCGGCGACCCCGCCCAUGGAACUAUGCAUUUUGUACGUGCGAGACAAUAAUUCUGGAGCUACUAUCUGGAGGUUCGACAGGUUUACUUUCCCUCCUUAGACUUACUAGACGUGAAGUGGCUGUGAAGACCUUCAUUGUGAGUGCUAACAUGAAACACCAAAAAUUGGUUUUAAUAGAAAGGUUUAUAAUAGUAAAUAUGUAAGUUAGGUUUUGCAUUUGUUAAAGAAUUUUGUAUAAAUGAUUACUGUAAUAGAAGCUCCUAUGGAAAUUUGGCAAUAGCGAACUCGCACACGGCUCAGUACCUUGUCCAUGUGGACUGCAGACAUAUUAUUAAAAUUUACUAUAAAUAGUGAUAUGCAAUUGUGCAUUGUUAGCUUAGUGUAAUUUAUUGUAAGUGUAUCGGUAGGGACGUGGUUACGAUUAUUUUUAUCGGCAAACUUCGAAGGGAACUUCUCCUGUCCUUUCACCUGUGGUCGCUUGUUAACAUUCCUUCGUGCAUUUCCGUUUCUAUCUUACCUUUAGUAUUGUAUGCAGGAAGCAUAGUGCUGCUUACUUAACCUAACUAGUUAACGAAUGAUACAUUGUGCUGAACCAAUAACCCGCGUAUUUUGUCUCGAGCACUUGAAUCAUACUUCAUGAUGCACCUGCAUAUUGUUACUUUAUCUAUCAGCAAAUGAUUUUAGCAGACCUCUUAGUAAAAUGUAAAAAAAAUCUGUAUUAAAGUAUAUAAACAUAUUAUAACUGGAUUGGAGUUUAAUAUUAUAAACUAAAUAUAAAGCAAUAUAGUCAUUGUAUGUAUUGUGUGUACGAGCUGUGCUUGGUACUUUAAUGAUUUAUGUUUACACAACGGAUGUUAUUUAAGUUCUUUAUCCAAUAUGGAUUCAUGGUAAACUUCAACUACUUUACUAACGAGACAUAAUACUAUUUUAAGUUAUACGAAGUAAAUUCAAAAUUUGUCCAUUUAUUAAAUGUUAUGUAUGAUGGUACAAGGUCUGUACGUACAUAAGUUUUAUAUUAUAUAGUUAUAGUGUUAUGAGAUCUUGCAUGAGUGCAAAAUGUGCAUGUUUAACCCGUUUUCAAGAGUGCAGUUUGAUGUGGUUUGAUACAAUAAUAAAUUAGAAAAAUAAAUCUUAUGAAAAGUUGUAUAAUGUUACUUUCGUCGCGAUGACAACCGGAGACUCAGCCCCCGACAUACAGACACACUGCACAAUGAGGGCAUGCUCAAACCUUUGUUGUGAUCGUCCCUGACCUCCCCAACUGUUACGAUUAUGAAUAACUAUUUAAUGUACAGUCGUUUAUACAUAUUUUACAUUAAUUAAAAUUGUCGAGAACUA